AUGCGCACCGUAAAGUGUAAGCGUUUCUUCUUUUAUCUCUCUCUCUCUCCGUUCAUCAACAGAGCAACUUCUUUUUUGUUUUCCUUUUUCGACAGCGUUGGCGGGUGUGUGGCUGACGUGUGCACCUGCGGAUGUGCGUCCGCGGGAGGUGCUUGCGUGCGCGUGUGUGGAGUCUGCAAGGGAUGGCGCCGCGCGAGGAGCAGAGAGCGACAGAGUUCACUCUCCCGUUGCGGUGUCCUUCUCCUGGUUCGCGGUUUUCUCCUUUCCGAGGCACACACAUACACGCGCACACACACUCGUUGCUCGCACCUCAGCCGCCCAGCAUCUUUCUAA